AUGCUCCGCAGCGCAGCUCAGCGGCUGCUCUCUACGGCGGCCCCCGCGGCGGAGCAGGCGGCGGGCAGGGCAUGGUGGAAGGUCGGCGCUGCGGGCCUGGUGGCGGGCACUGCAGGCCUGGCGGCCGCAUCCAGCAUCGCGCUAGCAGACGAGGCCGAGCACGGCCUGCACGCGGCAGCCUUCCCCUGGCCCCAUGAGGGAUUCUUCAGCUCGUACGACCACCGCUCCAUCCGCCGCGGCUUCCAGGUGUACCAGCAGGUCUGCGCCACCUGCCACUCCCUGGACCUGGUGCACUACCGCGACUUGGUGGGGGUGGCGUACACGGAGGAUGAGGCCAAGGCGAUGGCGCUGGACAUCGAGGUCACGGACGGGCCCAACGAUGAGGGAGAGUCGUUUGAGCGCCCCGGCAAGCUGUCUGACAAGCUGCCGGCGCCAUACAUGAACGAGGAGCACGCGCGCUACGCCAACGGCGGCGCCUACCCUCCAGACCUCUCCCUCAUCACCAAGGCCCGCCACGAUGGCCAGAACUACGUCUUCUCGCUGCUGCUGGGCUACCGCGAGCCACCCGCCGGCAUCUCGGUGCGUGAGGGCCUGCACUACAACCCGUACUUCCCCGGCGGCGCCAUCGCCAUGCCCAAGAUGCUCAACGACGACGGCGUGGAGUAUGACGACGGCACGCCCGCCACCGAGGCGCAGCAAGCCAAGGAUGUAGUGACCUUCCUGUCGUGGGCUGCGGAGCCCGAGAUGGAUGAGCGCAAGCUCAUGGGCGCCAAGUGGAUUGCGGUCAUGUCGCUGGUCUUCAUCACCACCAUCUAUUACAAGCGCUGGAAGUGGUCCCCUCUCAAGUCGCGCCGCAUCAUUGUGGAUGUGGUCAACUAAGCUGAGCUGGCGCUGGACUGGCAGCCUGGGCUCGAAAACCGGCGCGACCUGUCGACGGGCCUAGUGUUGGAAUCGCCUGGAUGUGGGCUGGAGGCCGGCUGUUGGGCAGGGGCCACCGUAGGCUGCUGCCUGCUGGCCAGGGCUCAGAGGAGCCUGAGCGGCGGCGGCCUUGCUCGUGUGCCCCCCUCACCCAGACCUGUGCAAAGGGAAUGGUGCAAGGCGGCCACGAGCCCCGAGUGCCCUCCCUUCGUUGCUUCGCUACCUCUUGUGUUCCAAGCACUUACAGUUGGGAACAGACAAACAAACUCCACAACAGAGAGCAGCGGAAAGGCGGUCAUUAUAACAGCGGGCCAUGUAACACACUCAGC